CAAGGAGUGGGUGCCUCACAAUCAGGCUGCAAUGGGCAUUGUCUCUGCACAAUGAUCCUGCAUUCUGUUGCUGUAUGCUGCUGGUCCAGCCUGACCUCUCUUCCUCUUCUGCCUGUUGAGCAAAGAGCUGAAAGUCCUCAUAAGUUUGUACAUGUGGGCCUGUACCUUGCAGGUGAGGUAGCUGCUGUCACUAUGGCCCACAUCAUCAACCUGGUGCCCUGGGAUGAUGGUUGCACACACACGUGUGCAGCCCCUGUCAUCCCGCUCCCCCUGGAGCGGCAGCGCAACCAGCUGGCCAGUGUGAAACAGCAGCUUUACCACCCAGCGCUGCCCACCCUGCGCCGCAUAGACAUGGACAACGUCAAGUCCUGCCUUACGGAUGAGCAUUGCCAGACCACCACCUACUGCCGGAAAGAUGAUUUUGACAAUGUCCGCUUCACACUCCUUGGGAUCCCCAACAAACCCCUACAGUGUUUGGACAUCACAGCCACAGGCCAGAAGCUCCGCAACAGGUACCGCGAGGGAAAGCUGGCUCCCAUCGUGCCAGGCAUCAACCAGGUCGACUGGCCCUGCUACACGAGAGCGAUCGAGGACUGGUCCCGCCUGGUGUCCUCGGCCGGGGAGUUCAAGCUACCCUGCCCAAGCAAGAAGGUCGAGGGUUUCAGCGGCUACGCGGUGCGGUACUUGAAGCCCGAGGUGACCCAGACCUGGCGGUACUGCCUCAAUCAGAACCCCAGCUUGGACCGCUACGGACAAAAGCCCCUGCCUUUCGACUCCCUGAACACCUUCCGAAGCUUUGGAUCCCAAUACAGUCGUGUCAACUACCUGGACCCCUGGCAUUAAUCCGUGGAAAGGAGGCUGACCCCCAGCCUGUUGGACCAUGCCACCUCAGGUCUCCCAGCCGGACAGAGGACAUAUGGUGGCACCAUGUAUUUCCCCAGCACUUGAGCCUGAGUAGAAAUAAACCUGAAGCUCCCUCAG